AUUAAACCGGUUCUGUCUUGAAACAUGAAAAUAUUCAGUAUAAAACGGGCUGUAUUUACCCAUUCACUUUAAACCUUGGGAUCAAUAGCACAGAACUUGACAACAUAUCUUGAAAAUGACAAAGAAAGGGCUUCUAGAAAGACUGCAGAAUGGAGGGUCUGUUAUUGUGGCGGAGGGUUUUCUCUUUGAAAUUGAGAGGAGAGGAUACAUGUCAGCGGGACCUUUUGUUCCUGUUGUCAGCGUGGAACACCCGGAAGUUCUGCGGCAAUUAUAUGAAGAAUUUGUUCAUGCCGGAAGUGACGUAGUUCUGGCAUUUACGUAUUACGCGCAUCGAGAGAAAUUGCGGGUAGUGGGAAGAGAAGACGACCUAGAGGCCAUCAACAAAGCCGCUCUGAGGAUGGCUAGAGAAGUAGCAGACGAACAUGGUUGUCUUAUGGCGGGAAACAUUUGCAACUCAGCUGUGUACGUUACAGGAGAUGAGGAAUCACACAAAAUUACGGAAGCUAUGUUUAAGGAGCAGAUAGAAAUCGCAGUAGAAAUGGGGGCGGAUUUCAUUCUCGGGGAGACGUAUAUGGACACAGGAGAAGCGAUGUUAGCCCUGGAAUGUAUAAAAAAAUAUGGCAAAGGGGUACCGGCUGUGAUAACACUCUCUGCAUCUGCAAAGGACACUCUCGUUGAUGGUGUUGGAGUAGUUGAAGCCUGUAAGAAUCUUGAGGAAGCUGGUGCUGCUGUUGUUGGCCUUAAUUGCUUUGCGGGACCAGACACGAUGCUUCCGAUUUUGAAAAAAAUCAAGGAAGUGUGCAAGGGACCAAUUGCAGCACUUCCGGUUCCUUACAACACAACUCCUAAAGAACCAGUAUUUACUGCAUUGACUGUUCCAGGAACUAAAAGACGUGCUUUUCCACUGGACCUCUGUGCUUGCCAGUGUAGCCGGACAAAAGUGGAGGAAUUUGCCAAAGAGUGUAAAGAAAUGGGAAUACAAUACGUGGGCCUCUGUUGUGGCAACUCCGCAAACUUGACCCGAAUCAUAGCCGAAGUAUACGGUCGUACACCACCAGCCAGUAAAUAUGCUCCAGAUAUGAAGAAACACUACAUUUUUGGUGACAAAUCCAAGUUUAGGAAAGAAUUCACGGAGGACCUUAGGGCAAAUAAGGGCGGGGAUUUUGAUUGACGAUAACAAAUUGUAUAUUUGGUUUAAGCAAGAACUGAUAGAGGAGCCGACAGAGAAUAAGGCCGCUUUUUUAACUGAUGAUGACAAAUAAACUGUAUUCGCUUUUUUUUUAUUGCACUUUCAAUGUUUCUGCUUGAUUCUGCACAAGUUGACAUAAGAAACUUUUACCCACGUUAUAAACGUUUAUAAUAUUAAUUCAAUCAACAAUAUUUGCGUUAAGAAGAGACUUUCGUUCAUGAAUUUAUUUAGUAAACUGUAUAUACUAUAUUUCCGAUAACAUAAUUUUAUAAAGAAUAUUAUGUUGUAAAUAAUUGUGAAUUAUGACCUGUCUACAACGCUACUUUUCUAAAGUUUUCAUUUAUAUUAAAUUUGAAAUGUAGAAAUUGUGCGUAAAUACAGGGACGUAUACAUUUCUAAAUAAAUGGUCAUUUGUU